AUGACGGGUCGCCGAAACCAUCCUGCGAAGCCAAGAAAAGAACCGCCGGCGACGAGAGCCAAGCAACCGGCGGCGAAGGGAGUUAAAAAACCGGCGAGGAAGAGCAAAGCACAACCUAUGAUGCAUUUUUUUGUUCAAUUAGAUGCUGCGAAUUUGUUGGGUUUUUCUGUAUUGCAAUUUGCUAGAAUUGAUCAAAAAGUUGGGGAAUCUUCCUCCGUGUAUCUCACUAGCGAUGUUGACUCUGGUGCUCGACAUACUCGAGAUCGAUGUAUUGAUGCUUCAGUUAGGAGAGAGAAGCAGGUUGCACGAGUUAUGCAACCGGUGCAUGAGAGUGAGUCUUCUCGUCCGUUUGAUGAUGAGGAUGUGGAUCAUGGCUUUGAGCAGGAGCUGGAGGCCGAGUUGGCUUUGGAGGAUGAGGAUGUUAAUGUGGCUAGGGAGGAUGUUAAUGUGGCUAGGGAUGAUGUUAAUGUGGCUAGGGAUGAUGUGGCUAGUGACGAUGAUUCUGUACCAGAUGUUGUUUCGAUUAUGAAGGGUGAAGGAGGGAAGUUUGUUAGAUCUGAGUCGAGCACUGCGAGGAUGAGUAAACGACAGAAGCAAUUGGCAAAUGAGUCUUGGAUAGUUAGGUCUCAUAUCUCGGGUGGCCCGGUUGAUGGAAGCGUCAUUCCUAGCUUUGGGGGGCAUGUCGCCCGACAGAUUUGGGAUGGGGAAGAGCGAAAGGUGUUGUUGUGCCAGAAUAGAAGUCAGGCUUGUUCGACACUUAACUACUGGAGAGAGUCAAAGGAGUCACAGGAGUUGAAGCGACGCGUAGAUGCGACUGGAUUAGCCCACCUACCAUAUUGCAUGUUUGCACACAUCGAUAUGCCUUUGAUUUCUGCGUUCGUUGAACGUUGGCAGCCUGACACGAACACUUUUCACAUGCCUUUUGGGGAGAUGACUAUUAUGUUGCAUGAUGUAUGGCAUAUCCUUCGCAUUCCAGUUGAUGGGCGAUUGAUUUCUGCCCAAAGUGACUCCGUGCAGUUAAAGGUUGAUAUGAUUGAGCUACUUGGAGUUAGUGUGGAAGAUAUGAAGUCUCAGUCUCACUGGCGUGGUGGAGGUGUUGCCAUUGAUUCCAUAGUCGAUUGUUGUCGUGAUAGUCAGCGCUCCGUUGAGACGAGUGUGCCUGUCAGUAGACUGAGACCAGCGAGCAUACUUGAGCUUAAGGAUGGUGGUGUAGAGAGUAUUGCUGAGUACUCGUGGGGUUCCGCGACCCUAUGCUAUCUUUAUCGCCAGCUUGGGGUGGCUAGUCGCGGUGGAGCUCAGGGCAUCGCCGGAUGUUUGACGCUUCUGCAAGCAUGGAUAUAUGAGUAUUUCCCUACUUUUCGGCCACACACUUCUCGACUUACAUGUGAGCCUGGUAGAGCUCGUGCCGUCAUGUGGAGCAUCCGAAAUGAGGGCAAGAGUUUAGUUCGAUUACAGUCCUUUCGUAGGUCCAUAGAUCGGUUGACAUCUGCAGAGGUGACUUGGUUGCCUUACGGUCCUGAUCCUGCAUCGACUGUUCCGAGGACUACAUUUUGUGGUUGGCUUCGAUAUCGUGAUAUUAUUGAGCCAUAUACGCCGGACCGUGUUUUACGUCAGUUAGGGUAUGUCCAGGUCAUUCCAUCCCCUAUUUUGACACCAGAGUUUGCAUAUAGGCCGAUAGAGAGCCAUUUGUAUGAGGUUCGCUUUUCCAUUGCCUCCACUGAGUCGGCUUGGCAGAUGUUCCCGAGAGGAUUCAGGCUAUUUUUAGCCGAGUUUCAGAUAGCGGAGUUUGAUCCAUCCACAUGUUCCUCUGACUACCUUCCUUGGUUAGUUCGGUAUUCGCAUCCUCGUGUAGCUAACGUGGAUCAUGCAGGUGCAUUUCCGGAUCGGACAAAUGCACCAUAUUGGGUGGAGAGGCUAUUUAGGGCUAUACAGCCUUUGUUGGAUGCUAGAGACGUCAUGCCGUCUGAGGAGUCUAGAGCAGCUGUGGAUGAUGUUGAGCAGAUCAUCUAUGAUUGGAACAUGUUUGCUAAAUGA